AUGCCUUACAACACCAACGCCAUCCCUCCUCGAAAGGAGCCCACCGGCCAAACCCAACUACCAUUAUCAAGAGUCAAGAAAAUCAUCAGCCAAGACCCAGAUGUCCAAAUGUGCUCUAACAACGCCGCCUUUGUCAUCACCCUGGCUGCCGAAAUGUUCAUCCAGCAUCUCGCCGAGGAAGCCCACACCCAAGCAAAGCUAGAACGCAAGCCUCGCCGCAACAUCCAGUACAAAGACGUCGCCAACGCAAUUUCACACCGCGACCACCUCGAAUUCCUAGAAGACGUCGCCCCCAAGACCGUCCCCCUCAAAAAGGCAAAAGCGAUCAACCAGGCCCGUCUCCGCGGCGAGCCUCUCCCCGACGCCGCCCCCCGCGCCGCAACAAACGGGAGCAGCGCGAAGCCCAAGGCCGCUGCCGCAAAGGCCGCCGCCAAGGACGAGAGCAAUGACCCCAGUGAUCAGCUUGAGCUGGAGAUGAGGCAGGCAGCGCAGCCUGAGGAUGAUGGCGACGUUGACAUGACGGGCUAG